GCUGCAACUGUAGUAGUACUUAGUAUUAAGGGUUUCCGAAUUGCAUUCCUCACUACCCUCCUUCGCUCGUUUUCCAGUAGGAGAAGGGUCCAGGAUGUUCUGAAGAAUGUAAUUCCGUAGCCUCUAAUAGUAGUGCUCCUGCAGUGUAGAACUAGAAGUAGUACCUAGGAACGGUAGUGCCAGUACCUGCUAGGAACGAGCCCAGAAUGUAUCGUUAUAUUUUCAUGAUCUUUCCAGAACCAGAGGUCUCUUUCUGCUCCAUGAUAUAAUUACGGAGUUGCUCUCCAUGAACUUCAUCGAUGUCUCGCUCCAUGAUCUUCGAUGGUCACUAGCAACAACCCUAGAUUAGGGGGUGCGUCUCACGAAAGCACUGCAGCUUCUGGUGCUUCUGCUUCUGACGACGCUGCCUCCGUUACGAGUUCUAUCAGUGAAGAGACGGAAACCCCAGAACGACCAAUUCGUGAAGGGCUUGCGAGUUUAUUAAGGGAAAUAGAUUUACAUGUACAUGUACUUGUUCUACUACUAGGUCGUGUAGGUUUAGUACUGAUCCAUCUGUCUCUUGUUGUGUCUGCUGGAUGGAAUCUCUUGUUGUGAACAGCUUGCGACGUUUUUUCCUAAUUAUGCUACCAAACCUCAAGAACGUCGACCUAAACCUUUCAUACAGUUCUUCUCGAUCUACAACCACGGGAGGAUCAUUUGCGAACUAUUUGUUGCCAGAACGCUUACGAUCGACACGGGACAGGAUGGAUGAAAGGAUUGGCUUGAUGACCAAAGCAAAAAAGAUGGAGUUACGAGACCCCACAGCAGCACCGUCGGCUGGUAAUACUUUUCACAGUUGUAAAAGGGCCGGAGUGCUAUCAUGAAGAUCGAAGACAUGCAUCUUCAAAGUGAAAAUUUUACGAUGGGGUCGUGGAGGCCUAGGAGCUGCAUGUGAUCAAGAAUCAAACUAUCCUAGAUGCAUCAUGACACUUUUAUACUUACACGAAUCGCUGACUGCCCAUCCUAGAAGUAAAAAGUGGAAAUGAUUAUCGAAGUAUUCAAACAGGAUCAGGUGGCAGCGCCUCGUCAUCGGCGAUGCGAGAGGUGCAGGCGGAGACGCGCAUUCGAUCCAACGCAGAGUCAGGAGCAGGAGGUGGCUCAAGUAGAGCGACUUCUUCAACAAGUGAUACAAGAAGAGGUCCAGGAUCGGGCUCGUCAACGACAGCGAUUAUGGUUAUAAGAAUGGAAGAACCCGUACAAUAAAGGAGCUUUCGCGGAGGUUUUCGGCAUCAGAGAUCCAACAGAUUAGUGCACAGAGCAUUUUGCAUGACCCACCGUAUUCAGACAAUUUAACUUCCCAUUCGUUUCCAAUCCCACUCUAAACUACCAAAUAGAGGACCAAAUAGUGGUCUAUCUCGUUCAGCCGAUGGCUCUUCACUGCGGGACCGAUGGUCUUCGAAAGUGAGCAACUUUGCGAUUCAGUACAAUUUGGGCUGCGCUACCCUAGCGAUCGCAAUUAUGCAGACCCAUAGUGACGUAUGAAAGAACUAUGAUUAUGCAGACCCAUAGACAUAGUGACGUAUAAUGAACUAUGCUCUUGGAUAACUUAAAAACUACUAGUUGAUUCUAUUUCUAAAGAUGCAGUUUCCUGUCAUUCCAUUAGAAAGGUCAACUCAAGAAAAGCGCCCCGUAUCAUGAUAUUGCGUGACGACACAAAAGGUAUAAUAAGUACAUCAUGUAGUUCAUUCCACGAUAAAAAAGAUUUUACUUGAUCCGUACUUCUAACACUUUUACGCUUUCGAUAAGAACUCCGUCUUUCUCUCUAAUCAACGUAAUAGCAGAUGCAGAAAACCCACCGGAUUUUCCCAUACUGACGCACACCGAAAAGACGCUGACUCUCGCGAUGAUUUUUCUGGGCAAUGUUGUGGGCAUGCUGGUCAUGGGCUAUCUUGGCGACGCCAUAGGAAUUUCUCGCGCACUAGUCGUCACGACUACAGUUAGCGUUGUUGGGCAGGUACUGAUCUUAGUGUUCAUUGUGCUGGGACGAGGUUGAGAUGAAACUCGUUGAUGUGUUUUUACUAACAAGUUGAGAUUAAGCUUGAGAUUUGCCGCGGCGUUUCGAGCGAAAGCGUAAUUUUUUCUUUCCUUCCUUCCAAUAGCAACUACUUGUACUCCCACUUCAAGUACUUACAGGGUUAGUAGUGAUCAUGCUAUCCUCUAUUAAUUUAUCUUUCCUCCUUCUAAAACCGCCUUUUUUAAUCCAAAACCCCUUUUCCACUACAGCUCGGCGUCGCUUUUCUUACGCAUGGAGAGUACAUCUACGAAGUUUUUAUCGCCUGCCGCUUCGUCUUGGGCAUUGGGAUCGGAGGACUCUAUCCCCUGUCCGCAGCUCAAGCGGCACAGGAAGCAACAAAAAACGGUGGUCAGGAGUUGACACCCCAGGAGGAAGAAGCGUAAUUCAAUAGAACUUGAAACUACAAUCACAAUCUGAUGCGUUUUGAAAUAAAUGUUGAUCAUGAGAAGUACUUAGAAGCUGCUAAGAAGAUGAAGAUAAACGCUGAAUGAGAGCAAUUACUUUUUUUGAAUUUUUAGGCGUGAUCGCGAGAAGUCUGCAGCAGUCGGUUGGAACUUCUUUUGGCAACAACCUGGAAACUGCGCGCCAUAUCUUGUUGGCUUGAUGCUUUUUGCUUAUGGCAUUGGCAGGCUCCUUUUGCGUGAGGUUUGGUGAGUAUCAUUUCUUCUCCUCUCAAUUGCAGCACCAUCCGUAUGCUCCAUCCAGAAUGCUUCUCUGCAUAAACAUAUCUUCCUUGUUACCUAGUCCUAGGCGCAGGUGCAAGAUCCGCCACCACAGUCAUUGUUCGACGCAAACACGUCUCGGCCUUUCGUAUACCUGCUCUAACGUCCUAUUUCGACCGACACGGCGUUUCAAUUCCGAUUUCUCGUAGCAGUUGGGCUUCUUCCGCUCCUUUUAGUCCUGACUUGGAACCUCGAAAAAGUUCGAGAGGAAGAGCUCGCAAAAGGCUUGUUGUUGAUGGAAGCAGGUGCACUUAAUUUAUGGACAAGGAACUACACAAUAAUCAGACGAGCAGCUUGGUGGAAGAGGAAUGUAAGUAGGAAGAUUCUCAUUGCCACUGGGCUUUGUCGCAUCCGCCUUGCAUGACAACCUGUACCUGUUGUAGGUACACUUAUACUCUUCUCUUUACAUCACUGUCCAACUUCAAUCCUGUGCUGUGGCUUGGAGCCGAUCUUUCUAAUCUUCGCCUCCUCACCACAGUCAUCUUCGAAGGAAGGUGCGGUCGUUGGCUCUCCUAGCCAUGUUGAUCUAGAAGCUGCGGGUCAGACUUCCUACCAGGUGAGCCGACCUGGAGUUCGCGCUGAAACAAGCAAGGGAACUUCUAGUUCUUCUACACUGGAAGACCAGCUUUUCUCGGAUUACAAUAUCCGGACUUUGAUAGGGACUGGUGGAACUUGGUUCCUUUUCGACGUGGCCUACUACGGAACCCAGAUCUUCUCGCCAUUUAUACUGCAACAGAUUUUAUGACGAGGUUCGAGGAUCGACGGGGCCGUUGGAAUUGAUCGGAUUUUCUUUAUCCACUGUGAACAUUAGUUAUUCUUGAUUUUUAUUUGUUCGAAGAAGAAAGAGCGAGGCUGUUUGCUAUUGCUUGUAGCACUUAAGAAGGGAGAAGCUUCCCGGAAUCUUCCCAGAACCUCCCGGGAAUCUUUCCCGUUUUCUUGCUAGCAAUGGCCUCGGAAUAUUUCCAGAAGCUUACCCCGGUCAGGACUGGGAAACGUCCCAGAACCUUCUGAGAACCUUUAGCACCAGUGAACAUUAGGCAGUCUUGAUUUUCAAUUUUUUUUUUUUCGAAGAAGAAAGAGCGAGACUUUUUGCUUGUAGCAAGCUUUCGACCUCGUCCCGAGGCCCUUUCAUUCCCCUUCACCGAGAAAAGCUUAGUCACCAACUGCGCGCAAGCCUUAGUUUCUGCCUGCUUCCAGAUUCCUGGCACGAUCUGCGGGAUCCAGUACUUAGGUAUAGUGGACGUGAAGAAGCUGAAUACUCAUGGCUUCAUCUUUAUGUUAAGGCUCAGCUUUCAAUGGUCAUCAUUUUCAUUUAGAUUGGAGUCACUGAGAUCGAAGAGGCGACCUUCCCUUGAGAGUAGAACAGCGGAAAUAGACGAAGGGAAUGGGGUGGAGAGCUUUGAAGGGGGUCCCUUCCGUUCAGAGUCAGUGACCAUUGAAGGCUGAGCUUUAAUUAUGGGUGCGGCCUUCGCGUUACUCGCAGUAUUGAAGGCCCUCGCCUUCCAUCCCUACAUCUUGUAUGCGGCUUAUUGUCUCCUGCAGUUCUCUCUGGGGUUCGGCUGCAUCUUGUCGACCUAUGUCCUUCCCACAGUGGUAUUUGCGGAGAACGUUAGGGGAACGAUGCACGGCAUAUCCGCUGGCCUCGGAAAAGCUGGUGCAGCGGUUGGGGCGUUUCUGUUUCCAGCUGUUUCUGCUUCGCUCGAUCCAAGCAUCGCGAAUCAAACGUUGAUGGCCACGCAGGCCUUAGUAUGCUUUGCGGGAUUGAUAUUUAUGAUUGAAUAAACAUGCUUUCGAUGAAGAAGAAGUUGAUACUACCCAGGAAUAAAUAGAUCCCUUCCUUUGAGAUUGACUUUCUACGUGGCGGCAUGCGAGCAGUAGGAGUAGUUCCUUCUCCGUCAGCCGCUCUAGGGUAACUUCCAGCGACCCUCCAACCUGACUUCUAGCUCUAAUCCACGCAACAUCAUCUACGUGCCAUGGCCACCACCGGGUUUUCGUAGCCCUCAGCAGAAAAUCCUAGACUCUCUGGAACUCGAAGAGUCACCCCAGAGGGUCACGGGAGGAAUGAGAAAUGCGCCCGCAGAGUAAGGACCGGGGUCGGGGACCUCGGCAUGAUGGAGGAUACUGUACAAGUGAUGAUGGCGAUGAUGAUUUUCGUUGUACAAGUACACAUUAGCACGUAGACUUUACAGCCCCAAUUGUUGGACGAGCAUAAUACAUUUGAUGUGAAUUAGUUAUUAGAUUGCUUGCGCUCGAGAGAUUUCGAAACCCAAAAGCAUUCGAUGCAAAUUAUACUUUUACUUAUUCAACAACUCGGGGACGAGGAGCAGGAUUGUGUCGAGGACACCAAUUCCACUAUGGUCGCUCGCGGUCAACAGUGCAUUACAAAUUCAAAUCACAUUCGCACGAGCCAGUCCGAGGGCUUUAUUUGUG